AUGUUUGGAUUCGCUAUCCUUGUGAGUACCGUCGCGGCUAUAAUGGCCUCUGGAGUCCCUAGUGAAUGGUGUGAGGAAGACCAUAAUGUCUUUGUUGAAGAGGACUGUUACGAUAAUCUCAUAUCGUGUGAUUUCCUACCAAGUGGUGGUAUUAAGACAAAUUUCAAAGUGGUGAUUCAUGAGCUUAGAGUCCAACCCGUCCGUGAAAUCGGGUCCCUCAUAUCGAUUGGUAUGCUCAAGUGA